AUGGCUCCAAUCCCGAUCGCACUGUGCGGGAAGCAUCCGGACAUGUGCGACAACUUCGUCAAAGGCAUGUUGCCUGAGUAUGAAGUCGUUCACGUGUGCCAUAACGCUCCAAUAGCCAAGUCAGAGCUCCCUCCGUUGCUCAAAGGCGAACGAACCGAGCCAGCGUCAGGCAAAGGUAGCAACACCAAGACAGGUGAUCCCAAAAUCCCCAAGGCCAUUUUCGUGGGCGGCGGAUUCUCGCCAUCUGAGCUGGAGGAAAUGCGAGCUGUGGAUAGUUUGAGAACUGUUCCUUGGAUGUAUCCGCCUGCCCAUAAGCGACCUAAGACGGCUGGUCCGCCACCAAUCGAUGUAAUCAUCUCGAGGGCCAAGGAGGCAUUCGCAGAGCGUGGAUUUGUCGAGGGAAAGGAGGAUCAGGUCGAGGUUGGACUGUGGGAUUACUGA